GCUCGGGCGACUGUGCCCCAAUACAGUGCACCUUGCUGGGCCACAGCAUGUGGCUUCUCCCCCUCUAUCCUCUGGUUCUCCUGCUAGCUAACUCAGCUACUGUUGAACCCGAGCUGGUCACGUGAGCUCAUUCACAUGAAGCGGGCGGGUAUUGGACCGGAAGUGACGUAUGUUGCCACAAGCGUGACGAACGCGUCGUUCGAACUACAACAAGGAAGUGGACGUCCAUUGCCAGGAGAAGGAAUUCGAACUAACAAGCCGACGUAUCGUCUCCUCGAAUCCGAACUGGGGUUCGUUUUGGUCGGUUGUCGAGUGCCGGCGUGGAGGACGAGGAGGAGGAAGAAGAAGAAGAAGAAGAAGCAGCAGGGGGGGUCACCGUGGAGAUUGUGUAGCCAGCUAGCUAACUAGCUAGCUAGCGAUGAACACGGACGUGGAAUUCCACAUCAGGCAGAAUUACCCGUGGAGCAAGCUGCCGGCUAAUGUCAAGCAGAGUUUGGGGAACUCUCAGCGCGAGUACGAGAAACAUGUCCUGCUCUACAGCAUCCGCAACCAGCUCCGAUUUCGCAAUAACCUAGUGCGCCACGUGAGGAAGGACGAGCGCAAGUACUAUGAGGAGCUGCUCAAGUACAGCCGGGACCACCUGAUGCUGUACCCCUACCACCUGUCUGACAUCAUGGUCAAAGGGCUGCGAGUCACGCCCUUUUCCUACUACAUCGGAAUCAUGGAGGAUAUUAUGAACAGCGAGAAGAGCUACGACUCCUUGCCCAACUUCACUGCUGCUGACUGUCUGAGGCUGCUCGGUAUCGGGAGGAACCAGUACAUCGACCUGAUGAACCAGUGCCGCUCCUCCAAAAAAUUCUUCCGCAGGAAAUCAGCUCGGGAUCUUCUCCCGGCCAAACCGGUGGAGAUCUCAGUGGAACCGUGGUGGGUGGCCCAGACGGGGUACAUCACGGAGGAUGACAUCAGGUGCUGUUCUCCAGCGGAGAAGAAAGCCAUUGAUAAGAUGAUCGACUCUGGUCCUCAGCUGGCUGGAUCAAUGGAGUACAAUGUGGUCUUAAGUUUAUACAACCGCGGCUUCAUCUACGUGGAUGUUCCAAUAUCGGAUGAGAGCUGCAUCUCAGUGCCCCCGCUGGAGGGUUUCGUCAUGAACCGCGUGCAGGGAGACUAUUUUGAAACGCUCCUCUACAAAAUCUUUGUUUCCAUUGAUGAGCAGACCAACGUCGCAGAGCUGGCAAACGUGUUGGAGAUCGACUUGGACCUUGUGAAGAACGCCGUGUCCAUGUACUGCCGCCUGGGCUUCGCUGUGAAGAAAGGUCAGGUCAUCAGCUCGGAGCAGCUCCACCCGACCUGGAAGAACGCUCCGUCCGUCAACAGGCUCAAGAGCACCAUGGACCCUCAGAAGAUGCUGCUGUCCUGGGAGCAAGGCAGUCCUGUAAUGGAGGGCGGCUCCUCUGCUACCGACACCGACACCACCAGUCUGGAAGACCAAGCUGACACAGCUAGCGUCAGCAGCCUGAGCAUCCCGGCCGCCCCCACCAAGAGGAUCGCCUUCCUCUUCGACUCCACGCUGACGGCCUUUCUCAUGAUGGGCAAUCUGUCCCCGAACCUGAAGAGCCACGCCGUGACCAUGUUCGAGGUGGGCAAGCUGUCUGACGAGACGCUGGACAGCUUCCUGGCCGAGCUGGAGAAGGUGGAAAGCACAGCAGAGGGUGAAGCUCAGCGCUACUUUGACCACGCCCUCACCCUCAAGAACACCAUCCUCUUUUUACGCUACAACAAGGAACUCACUCAGGACCAGGGACCUGACAUCCCAAAUAUAGGUUUCCCCCUGGACAUGCUGCGCUGCGAGAGCCUCCUGGGUCUGGACCAGGCCACCUGCAGCCGCGUCCUCAACAAGAACUACAAGCUGCUGGUCUCCAUGGCGCCCCUCAGCAACGAGAUCAGACCCAUCAGCAGCUGCACGCCUCAGCACAUUGGGCCCGCCAUCCCGGAGGUGAGCUCCAUCUGGUUCAAGCUCUACCUCUACCAUGUGACCGGUCAAGGCCCCCCCUCCCUGCUGCUCUCCAAGGGCUGCAGGCUUCGCAAACUGCCCGACGUCUUCCAGGCAUAUGACAGGUUGCUGAUCACCUCCUGGGGUCACGACCCGGGCGUGGUGCCGACGUCCAACGUGCUGACAAUGCUCAAUGAUGCUUUGACGCACUCGGCCGUUCUCAUCCAGGGUCACGGCGUGCACGGCCACGGAGAAACGGUUCACAUCCCCUUCCCCUUCGACCAGGAGGAGCUGAAGGGAGACUUCUCCUACUCCAACAUGUGCGUGCACAAGGCACUGCGCAAGCUGAGGGAGCACGUGGACCUGGAGCACCAGUGUGGAUACGUUACCAUGCUCAACUCCAACAACCGACACCGACGCCGGCCCAGCGACACCAUCGAGUGCAGAGGUGACACCCACCUCGGAGGGGGCCUGGACACCAACGGCAGCACGGAGUCCUUUGAGCUGGUAACAGAAGAGAACAAUGGCGAUGGAAAAGCAAAGGCAGACGCCCUCUCCUGUGAAGACGAGUGGGUCCCCCUGGAGCUCUGCUUCGGAAUGCCGCUCUUCAGCUCCGAGCUCAACCGUAAAGUUUGCCGAAAGAUCGCCGCCCACAAGCUGUGCAGUGGCGAGAGCCUCCAGGAGCUGCUUCACUCCAGUAGGAAGCUCUCCCUCAAAGUGCUGAGCUUCGUUCAGACCUUCCAGGAUGGAGCUCAGCCCUGCGACCUCGACAGCGGCGUCUCCAACCCCCUCAGCCAGCCCCCGCCCGAGUCGGGCGUGCCCCUGCCCGCCCUCAACCUCCUCUACAAGGAUGGACAGCUGCGGGAGUGGAGCGGGCGGGCCCCUCCCCCUCUGGACAUCUCGGCGCUGCAGCGGGAGCAGAGCACGUAGACGCGUUUGGCCGCGGAAGUUCACGUCGCAAAACACGGGAUCUCGGGAGGCAUCCGACCACGACACUUUUAGCUCCCCUGGAAGACACCUUUCGUUUCAUUCAUGUUCUUCUUCGUGUAUAGGUACCCCCUCCUGCCCCCCAGCCCCCUAGAAAGGACCAAGUCCAUACGGCGCCACCUUGUGUUGUGUCAUGUUAGUGACCUGAUUGCAUGACGUGGUUCCAUAAAUAGGUUAUAGGUUAUUGUUUGCACUGUGCAGGACUUCUUACCGUGGAUGAACAAAGGCUUUGCGUUCAUUUUUCUCAGCACCAAAGACUUUUUUUUUUUUU